GCUGUGCUGUGCGUUCCCACGCCUGCCCCGACCCGCCCGCCGGCCCGGCCCCGAGCGUCCCCAGCCAGUCCAGUUCGGUUCCGACGCGUCGACAGAGUCAGUCCGCUCCGAGCAACCUGCUGUUCGUUCGCGUCCCGGACACAUGUGAAGAAGCACGCCUCCUCAUCAACAAACGCCAUGAACUAUCACCACCACCUCCACCUCCACCCGCCGGACGACCAGUUCGACAGGGCGUCGCUGAGAUCCGUGGCCUCGGUGGCCUCCUUGGCCUCCUUGUCGUCGAGCCUGUUCAGCUGCGCGCGUUCGAGUUCCACUCUCAUCGAGGAGCAAGGAUACGUGCCGCGCACCAAGAUAUGCCUCAUCGGGGAAGUGAGCUCAACUGUGGAAGUGGCAGCCGAGCACUUCGGCCUGCCGGUGGUGAGGUCCGCGGACGGCGUGGGCUUCCUGGACGACCCCUCCGUGCUGCUCGUCGUGGAGGACUUCACGCCGCAGUCCCUGGAGAAGAUCGGGAACAUCAAAUGGCGAGUGGUCGGCUCGGUCGCCCUGAUCGCGUGCGCCGACGCCGACAUCCCGCUGCCCAUCGAGAAGAGGCCCAUCUUCUGCUUCAGCAUGAGGAACGUGAAGACGUGCUUCACGGGCAUCCGAGACGUAAACCUGGGGAUGGAGCUGAUGGCGCUGAUCCGGGCCAUGGGGGGCAGCGUCCGAGAGUGCCCUGACAGCAGGGUGACGCACAUCAUAUCCACGACGACCAAGAGCAAGAGUUACCACUACGCGACCGUGUUCAACGUGCCCGUCAUGUCGGUCGAGUGGGUGCGCGAGUGUUGGAGGUGCCGCUUCGACGCCACCGUGCACGCCACGGACGAUCAUCUGAUGCUGUUCCUGCUCCCGCCCUUCGUCGACGUGUUCGUGGCCUUCAUCGGCUUCCCGCCAGACGAGCACGCGGACAUGGUCGAGCAGCUGACCUCCCAGGGCGGUGUGCACGUGGAGGCUAGCGACCCCCGCUGCACGCACGUUGUCGCCGACGACGUGUCCCCGGUCGUGGUGCCCAGCGGGAAGCGCCCCGAGGCGCGGGUGGUGCGCGCCGAGUGGUUCUGGACGAGCAUCCAGCGCAUGGUGCGCGUGGCCGAGGAGGAGUACGUGGUCCCCGCCGAGCGCUUCCGCCACCCCCCGCCGCGCGGCCGCUCGGUGGUCCGCCGCCCCGCCGGGCCCAUGCUGCACGUCAACAAGGAGAACGUGGACCCGGACAGCUCGGCCGACAGCCCCUUCGUGCUCAAGCACCCCGCCAAACACCCGCGGCAGCACCUGCGUCGCCUCUCCCUGGCAGACAUAAGCUCGCCCCGCAACGGCUCGCCGGGCCUGGACAGGACGCUGACGUCCGAGGGCUCGCCGAUGUCGCCCACCACCCCGGGCCUCUUCUCGGACAGGACAUUGGUGGUGUCCGCGGCCGCGUCGCCGGGGUCCUCGCCGGCCGCCGCAGCUCCGUCGGCGACCUCCCUCCUCGGACGCCGCGCGUCCACCUCCCUCCUUCCUGCCUCGCCGGCCCCUCCUGCGCGGCGCGCUCGCCUCUCAGGGACACCGCAGAGUGGGUCGCCUCGCUGCAACCCCCGGGGCACGCCGCACCGAGCACGCAGAAGGAGCUCGCCGACGCCAAGAAGAACGCCAGGGACGCCCCAAACACCAGGGACGCCAAGGUCAGCGUGUUCGAGCGCCUCUACGCCCUCCGGCGCUGCCCUUGCGUCACCCCGCCGCGGUCGGGUGUCUCUGAGCCGGGGCGGCUACAUCGACAGCGCCGCGGCCAACACCAUUAGCCCGCGCUUCGGCGCCUUCCUGGAGCUCAUGCACACCGAGGAGAACUACGUCGGCAUCCUGGACGCCAUCCUGCAGAUCCGGGACGAGGCGCUGAACGAGGUGCAGAUCAACGGCGGCCUCCUGUCGCCGACGGAGGCCAAGAUGAUCUUCGGCUCGGUCGUGCCCAUCUCCAGGACGCACCACCACAUCCUCAAGGACCUCCGACUCCUGUACAACAACUGGACGGAUACGGCCCAAGUCGGGCAGGUUUUUGUUAAAUACAGCCCUGACUUGAUCCGUGACUACGCCCCGUUCGUGACGUCCUUCGAGGACGCCAAGGAGGCCCUGCAGGAGACGCGCGCGCGGAACCCCAGGUUCAACGCCUUCCUGAAGGUGUGCCGCAACAAGCCCGAGUGCGGGCGCCAGGAGCUGCACGAGCUCAUGAUCAGGCCCGUCCAGAGGCUGGCCAGCUGCGUGCUGCUGCUCAGAGAAAUCCUCAAGCACACUCCAGAGAAGAGUCCUGACAAGCCACAGCUGGAGUCAGCUUUGGAGAGCCUCUCCCACGUUCUCUCCUUCAUAAACGAGGACAAGAGGAAGAUGGAGUCCCUGUGCAAGGUCUUUGACGUCUACAAUAUCAUUGAGAAAUGCCCGGCGGACGUCAUUGCCUCCCACAGGUCCCUCAUCCUGGAGUGCGAGGGCGUGGAGGUGUCGGAGGGCGGGUUCGGCAAGCAGGGCAGCGUCGUCGCCUUCUUCGUGUUCACCGACGUGAUCCUGGUGUGCAAGAAGAAGUCCAAGGUGGUGAUGAUGCUGAAGGGGGCGCACACGCCCGGCGGCGCGCUGCCUAGACGCGUGCUCAAGGCGGUGGACGGCAAGCCCUACAAGUUCCUCCAGAUGCUGCCCCUGUCGACUGUCCGGAAGAUUGUGGACGUCGCCGAUGGUGCAGGCGUGAGCAACGCGCUGGGCGUGGUGUUCCGGGGCAAGGCGCAGGUGCGGGAGAGCUGUUCCUACUUCCGUCUGCCGGACGCUGGCGCCGGCGUCCUGGCCAAGGCCCAGGUGCUGGAGCGCUGGAGCGUGGCGCUGGCCACCCACAACUGCGUCGCGGACCCGGCCAAGUUCGUCCAGCGGGAGACGCCGCAGGAGGCCGGCAUCGGCGCGAGCAGCAGCGGCGCCGAGGCGCUCUCCAGACAGAUCAGCAAGGCCGCCCAGAUGGCUGUGAAGACUCAGGUGAUUGUGACGAGCGCGUUUGGCAUCGGCAGGACGCUGAGCCACGCCAACAAGAGCCCGAGGGUGACGUCGCCGCCCUGCGUGAUGAACACCUUCAACAGCACGUCGCGGCUGGAGACGCUGCGCGACCAGCUGGAUGAGGACGAGGAAGAGGACGACGUGGAUGUGGAACGACCGAAGCCCGCCUCACUGACCGCCAACAUCAUGAAGAGAAUGUAAAGUGUCCCAUCUUAAUUUUUUUAAAUUUAAAUGCCAAAAUAAUCUAGUCCAAAUUUCCCCCCUCCCUCAAUUUUAUCUAGUAACUUAAAUAACAACCAAUGUACAUAGCAUGUUAUUUUUAAAAUGUGAUUGUUAAUUUUAGCGCCAAUAAAUUAUUAGUGGAUUUUUAAAGAACUUGUUAAUGUUAGCGUGACGCUAAUAAAUGCAAAGAAUGUUGA